UUUGAUUUGGAAUUCAUGUAUGUCCUUAGCGGAUGGGAGGGUUCGGCUCAUGAUUCAAAAGUGUUAAGUGAUGCUCUAUCAAGGAGGAAUGGUCUUAAAGUUCCUCAAGGUCAUGGUCGUGAUCUUGAAAAUGAAAAUGAGUUGUUCAACCUUCACCAUGCGUCCUUAAGGAAUGUGAUCGAGAGGAUAUUUGGUAUUUUUAAAUCGCGAUUCAUAAUUUUUAAGUCAGCUACUCCAUUUCUAUUUAAAAUACAAGCAGAGCUAGUGUUGGCAUGUGCAGCAUUACAUAACUUUCUUCGUAAGGAGUGUCGUUCCGAUGAAUUUUCCAUUGAGCCAACUGAUGAAUCUUCAUUAUCUUCAUCCUCAUCAAUACCAGUUGAUGAAGAGGACAAUUUUGAUCUGAUUUAUCAAACCCAAGACCAACAAAGAGAGGAUGCUAGCACAUGGAGAGCUAGCAUAGCUUUAGCUAUGUGGAGAGAUAAUAUCUAG